CAAUAAUGUUAAGGACGCCAAUUUCUUUAAAAUUCAUACUCCAUGGUCACAAAAUUCAAAUAACAAUCGCCACUUUCAGUACAACAGAAACAUCUAUGUUUCAAAAUUGUGCAUAUUUUUAUCAGGCAAAGAUAAAAAACAUAUUAAUCCUGCUUUGAUUGAAUAAUUUGUGUAUUGUACAGAUCCGGCAAAACACGGACUAAUUUUGGUCUUGUCAUACAGGGCAUGCAGCAUCAAUUAGAAAGAAUAGUUAAAAAUAAUUAAUAACGUUCAAAAAUAUUUCAACACCCUUUGCAUACAAAUGACAAUCACCAUCAUCAAUAGUUACAGUUUUGACACUUGAAUUUUGUUUAGCAUCAAUAUAUUUUUGAAAGAAUUGAUAUUCUGUACUGUAAUUGUUCCUAUAUCCAGCCACACAUAAAUGAAAAAACUAAAGGUCAAGAGAAGCCAACGAAAACUAACCGCAGACUGGCACAACGAGAUCCGAUCGCACAUAACUGAUGUUAUCAAGCAUCGUCUGGUUGAUACCGACAUAUUACUGCACCCCCAAGCAAGCAACCAGAAGAAGAAACCAAAAGAAACCUUCUGCACUGGAAGCACUUAUGACGGUCAGUGGGACUACCUAGGUUUUGCAGGCCAUGGCACUUACACGUUUCCACACGGGACAAAGUACGAAGGUGACUUUUGGGACGGACAGUUUCAUGGAAAUGGUACAAUCACAUACCCUGGAGGGCAACAGCUGAUUGGAACUUGGAAACAAGGAAAACUAAUGGAGUGGUCUUACAAAUUCAUAGAUGGCUUACAGUUUGGAAAAUAUCUUAAUUAUUGCCAGCUACCCGAUAGGAGAUUCCAAAUAGAAAAGGAUGCCAAACUGCAACCACCAGAAAAAGAACUACUAACCAAUUGCCAACCAACACGAGAGUUGCCCAAAAACUGCUACGAUACUGUGGACGGCUACUACAAUCCGACCACAAAACUGGUUUAUGGAUACGAUAAUCGUAUAUUGAGAGUGGUAACGGUUGAGGAAGAUAAAUAUAUCAAAGAUAAGUACAGACAUGAAACAGACAAACCAGCAACUAACAUCGAGGGCCUAUACAAAUAUUGGACUAGUGGAAGAAAAAAUGAAAUCGAGAAAUUGAAAGGAGUGAUAGAGAAAAAGGAAAUAAAAUCAGAAGACACCAUAACAGAAUCUUCCACACAGAAAAGCAUGUCCGUCUACUCGUUUCACAUAGGAACACAUUAA